CACACAAAACACGAUCUCGUCUAGUUUGUAGCGGAUGCAUUUUUCUGUCAACGAACAAGCAUUCCACACUUGGUCCAGCUCGUCUUCGGAGGCCGUUCACCGCAAUCAGCCCUGCGUGGUUGUUCUCGGGCAAGUGUUGAAGAAGUGGCUUAGAAGAGUGGCCUGAAUCUAUUGGCUUACUAAGGAAAAAUCAAGUUGUCUCCACUCAGAUGAUGAUGAUGAAGGUGAAUAUUGGGGUUAUAGCCUAGUGCACCAAAACCAUAAAAAAAACCCUUUCCUUAUGAUGGAUUUCUGAUCUGAUAUGAAAUUUGGUUCGGUCUUAUUUCCUGAUUUGGUGGUGAAUUGUGGACGGGAUCAUUGAAAAAUGCGACGACGGGCGGCCGAGUAUCGGCGCCCGGUUCGACGGAGGUUUUCUUAUUGGAUCUGGGUGCUUCUUGGUCUGUUCUGUAUUGCUGGCCUGGUUUUGUUUGUUGUACAGCACAAUCAUGAAGAAGAUCAAGUCGAAUAUCCAGUGCAGGAAAGAUAUGCCCGAGGUGGACAUGUCACUAAGAGGAGUUUGAAUUUUACAGAAGAAAUAUUAAGCGCAACCUCAUAUUCACGGCAGUUAGCUGAGCAAAUGACUCUAGCUAAGGCGUAUGUAAUUAUUGCCAAAGAGCACAAUAGCCUUCACCUAGCCUGGGAGCUCAGCUCCAAAAUCAGGAGUUGCCAGCUUUUGCUUUCAAGAGCUGCUAUGACAGGGAAGCCUGUGACACUGGAAGAAGCUGGACCAAUCAUCACAAGCCUGUCAUCUCUAAUAUUUAAGGCACAAGAUCUCCAUUAUGACAUUGCAACCACAAUCAUGACAAUGAAAUCACAUAUUCAAGCUCUUGAAGAGCGUGCAAAUGCAACAGUUCAAAGUACUGUAUUUGGUCAACUAGCGGCUGAAGCUCUGCCCAAGAGUCUUCAUUGCCUAAAUAUCAAACUUAUGUUUGACUGGUUAAAGAAGCCAUCCCUGCAAGAACUCUCACAUGAGAAGAGAAACUCCCCCCGUCUCAUGGACAACAAUCUGUAUCAUUUUUGCAUAUUUUCAGAUAAUAUGUUGGCCACAUCUGUAGUUGUUAACUCAACUGUCUCCAAUGCAGACCAUCCAAAACAGUUGGUCUUCCACAUUGUUACCAAUGGUGUCAAUUAUGGGGCAAUGCAAUCAUGGUUCCUCAAUAAUGACUUUAAAGGGGCCACUGUAGAAGUGCAGAAAAUUGAGGAGUUCCAUUGGUUGAAUGCGUCAUAUUCUCCUAUUGUCAAGCAGCUUCUUAGUGCAGACUCACAAGCCUUCUAUUUUGGUGGUUAUAGGGAUCUAAAUGAAGUUGAACCAAAAAUGAGAAACCCUAAGUAUUUGUUUUUACUGAACCAUCUCCGGUUUUACAUCCCUGAGAUCUAUCCACAACUGGAGAAGGUUGUUUUCCUAGACGAUGAUGUUGUUGUCCAGAAGGAUCUGACCCUGCUCUUCUCCUUGGAUUUACAUGGAAAUGUGAAUGGUGCAGUUGAAACUUGUCUCGAAGCAUUUCAUCGUUACUACAAAUAUCUCAACUUCUCAAAUCCAAUUAUAAGCUCAAAGUUUGAUCCCCAGGCUUGUGGAUGGGCAUUUGGCAUGAACAUUUUUGACUUGGUUGCAUGGAGGAAGGCAAAUGUGACUUCAAGAUAUCACUAUUGGCAGGAGCAGAAUGCAGAUGGUACAUUGUGGAAAGUGGGUACCCUUCCUCCUGGUCUUCUAAGUUUCUAUGGCCUGACAGAGCCACUUGAUAGGAGAUGGCAUGUUUUGGGAUUAGGUUAUGACCCAAAUAUUGACAACCGCCUGAUUGAAAGUGCUGCAGUUAUUCACUUUAACGGAAACAUGAAGCCAUGGCUGAAGGUGGCUAUUGACAGGUAUAGGCCACUUUGGGACAGGUACAUAAAUCAGAGCCACCCUUAUCUUCAAGAUUGUGCUACAAGUUGAAAUAUGCUACUUCUUAUGACUGGUGAUGGACUAUGCUGUCUCAGAUAUUUUGGACUCUUGAUCUGUGGUUGCAGCACUGUAGAGUCAGAAGUAGAAAAUUUUGACUUUAGAGUUUUUGUUUUCCUCUUUUUCCCUUCUCAAUCAGUGUUUUGAAAGAGAAAAGAGUGAUUUAUUAUACACUAGAAAAGCUCAAUUGCGCUAGGUGAAGAGAUAUGGGAUAAUCCAUUUUUGGCUGAUGGGGAAUUGUGAUUCCCCGGUCUGCAAAUUGUAGAAUUAUUUGUUCUUUAGUAAUUCUUGUAAUAAUUUAUCUGCUCUUUCAAAUAGUAAUGUAAUUGACUGGAAAUCAUUUUCUUUCCUUCUCCCAA